AGAGCGCAACUCCAACAACAUGACCACCUCUGUCAAGAAAUACCGCUACGUUCGCUCGGAUUUCGAGCCCCUCGAGACGAAGCCCCUCCACUUCGACAUGGUGUUCGACGUGACAGAGAAGCAGGUCCGUGUGACCCUUCAAACCACCAUGAAAUACGUUGGUGUUGGACCCAAAACGGUGUUGAAGCUCAACUCCAAGGCUUUGGAAAUUGUGAGCGUUGAACGCCUGCACAACUUUACGCCGUUGGGUGAAACCCGCAACUUUGUGCCUCAUGUUGCCAGCUUCAGUGGAGCCAAGUCACUUGAAUAUGUCGUGGACACUGUUGACCACUUUUUGGUGAUCACUUUGGAUACCCCCGUGCAAUCCGGCGAUGAAUUCGUCAUUCGCACUGUGUCGAUUGCCCGCCCCACUGAAAACAUUUUGGAGGGAUUGUACUACGACUAUACUCCCGAAGGCGCCCCUCGCACUAUCAUCACCCAGUGCCAGCAAUACGGUUUCCAGCGCAUCGUCCCUUGCAUUGAUACGAUGGACGCCAAGGCGUUUUACACCACGACGAUUGUUGCUGACAAGAACUACACAAAUAUCAUCACAAACGGUGAUUUGGCCCCUGGCUUUCACACCCCCGAAGGUACCCCCAUUUAUCAUGAUGCCUCGGAAUUCUUGGGUGUGGCCGAUCCCACUCGCCAUGCUUUGAAGUACCACAACCACACCAUCAACAUGGCCCCGUAUUUGUUUUUCCUUGGUGUCGGCACGUACGUGACCUACCGCCGCACUUUGGAAUUUCCUGAUGGCGACACCACGUUGCUUGAACUCUUGGCGUUCCCUGGAUUCGCUGAACCCGCUGAUGCCAAGCUAUCCGUCAAAAUGCUACACGACUCGAUCUUGUGGACCAACGUGAGCUUGGGUCCUGAGGCCACUGAACACCACGAAGAACGCAAGGCGAUUUACGCUCUGCUCGAAGAACGUGAAGCGAUCAAGGAGAAAUCUGCACCCUUGACCGUCGGCACCGAAGAAAUUGUUGAAGUGAAGCCACUGUCCGAAACGGAUGCUGCACGCUUGGCUGCUGUCCGUGCCGAAUUGAAGUCCCUCAUUGGCAAGUGGACCAAGACUGGGUACAAGUACACUGGUCAAGUCUACCGUGAAAUUGGCAUGGAAAACUCUAACUACGGUGGCAUGGAAAACGUUGGCAACACCACCAUCGUCAGCUCGUGUUUGUGCCCCACGUGCCGCAUGGGUGACCACGCUUACGAGUACAUGGAACGCGUCAAGGUCCACGAAUACUACCACAACAUCAACGGCAGUGAAGUAACUGGUCAAUCGCCUUUCGAAAUCUGGCUCAACGAAGCCGUGACUGUCCACAUGGAACGAAAGCGCCAUGCUGCCAUCUUCGGCGAAGAAUACCAUCGACUUGGGGAUGUCGUGAAAAUGUUUAUUCCCACGAUCGGCCCCAUUGCCCUCGACAAGGCCGCCACGUGUCUCAGCGUGGAACCUGAAGGAUUCAACCAAACUCAGGAAUUAAUUUCUGGUGUCACGUACUCCAAGGCGCCUGAAGUCGUCCGCAUGGUGGAAUUGCUCUUGGGCUUCAAGAACUUCAAUGUCGCUUUGGACAAAUACUACACCAAGUACUUGUUCGGCAACGCAACGACCGCCGAAUGGUUUGCGUGCAUGGAAGAAGUGUCUGGUAUUGAUUUCCAAAACUUCCAACGUGUGUGGUUGAAGCGCCCGGACCACCCCGAAGUCGCUUACACGACCUCCUACGACAGCGCCAAGCAAACGUACAACGUGAAGUUGACCCAAAGUGGAUUUGAACGCUUUGAUGGCACAGACCUUGCCGGCCCGUGGGAAAUCCCAAUUGACUACGCCCUUAUAAAGGAUGGCAAGGUUAUCCGCGAAGGCGUGUACUUCUUGAAGUCCAAGACGGAUGAAUUCACGUUGGAUAACAUCUCUGUGACCCCCGACUACCUCUCGUUCGGUCGCCAGUGGUCGUUCUUCGGUACCUCCAAGGCCCUGAACGCCACCAAAGAAGCAUUGAUCAAACAAGCCCUCAAUGACCCUGAUGCUGUCAACCGUUAUUUUGCCUACCGCGCUGUUGCUGAUGGCGAAAAGGCAGUGAUCGUUGAAGCAUUGAUUGCCGGACGUAACGACGUGACGAUUUCCCCUGAAUUUGCCGCGUUGCAUGGUUCGAUUUUGUUCGACGAAUCGCUUAACCCUGCUGUUCGUGCUUUGAUUUUGACGGAAAAAAAUGCGUUGACGACCCGAGAAGACUUGAGCCACCACUACGAUCAUAUCACGACCGCCACGGUUGCCUUGCUACAGUCUGUGUGGGCGGCCCACGGUGAAAAGAUCGAUGCCAACUUGAAGGAAUUGAUCAAGUCCACUGUGCCCGGCCCUCACAAGGACCAAUUGCUUAAACGCAAGCUCAAGCAACAUUUGUUGUCGAUUGUUGGUGUGAGCACUGCACCUUUGGCGUUGCCUACUCUGGCCGUGUCGUCGGUGAAGAUCGACGUGGCUACUGUAGCGCUCGACAUUUUGAACAACUCGACCUUCGUCUCGGACAAGGAAUUGUCGUUCCGCACGAUUCUCUCGACUGAGUCAUAUGCUGAGCGUGCGACUGUCCAAGCCCGCAUUCGCGACGAAUGGUCCAAGACUCCUGAAAUGUUGGAGUCGUACAUUGCGGCUAUUGGCAGCUUGUCGACGUCGGACUUUGCUACUCAAGUGCGGACGUUGAUGGCGUUGCCAUACUUCAACAUCAACCAAACUCACCACACGCGCACGUUGGCUCGUGGGUUGAGUCAAAUUCGACACAAGAGCGUGCUGACCGGUGAAGGCCGUGCGUUGAUGGUCGAAUUGUUCACAAAGAUUGGCACGGUGAACCAAAUGUCUGCGUACCCUUUGUUGAAAUGCUUCGAUCAAGUGCAUGCAUUCACUGGUGAAACCAAGCAAAAGCUGCUAAACACGCUCCAAGCGAUGCAAGACUCGAUUGACAAGGUCAAGGAAGAAUCGCUGUACAACCAGCUCAACAUUAUGCUGAAGAAGGUCUAAGGUAGUCGAGCUGUGUCAUUCUUUGGAGACAAAACUAAUACGAGUUCAUCACACGGGG